AUGAUAGCAAUUAUUUUGGGAUUUUUUAUACUAACAUGUUCGGCUUCGAAGCGAGAUGUAGUGAGCUUGUACGGGUCCUUAGAUACGCUCCGUACAGACUUAGGAGCGUGCUCUAACUACCCAGAUGUGGUCGAUGGCUACCGUAACGCUAUGCACAACUUCACCAUCGAAACUUACAAGCGAGUGGCGCCGCGAGGGACCUACCAGUUCGUGGUGUCACCCCACUCCCUAUGGAUGACGGUAGCCGCCAUCGCUGAAGGAGCCAACCACGAGACUCAACAGCAAUUGUUUCAACUUUUACUACUUCCUAACGAUGCGUGUAUACGUCAAAAAUACUACCAACUUGCAGCGAGCCGAUUUUCUUACUCAUCGGAUGCCAUAGUAGUCAGCAACCGAGCACUCGUAAUCGAUCACGGUGUCACUCCUAAUCCGGCGUGGCACAACUUUGUAACAAAAAAUUCACUGAUCGAAGUGGUGUCGGCGCCCAUACGACACAAUCCGGUCGCCGCAGCGAGCAGCAUCAGACAAGCUGUGUAUGCUAACUAUGUACCUCUCAACUUACAAGGCAAUUCAGUUCUUAUUGACACUAUGGAUUACAAUGGACUUUGGAAUACAGCGUUUGCUGACGCAGUGGUCCAGCGUGCACCGUUCCAUAGUAUAUCGGGACAACGUAUUGGUACUGUUGAUAUGAUGACGGUGAAGCGGCGCUGUAAGAUAGGUUACGUGCCUUCAAUAUCGGCAAAGAUCUUAGAGUUGCCUAUAGGAACAAACAGUCAGUACAGUAUGGUGAUUGCUCUCGUCGUUGGAAAUUCAGAUGUUCGUCCUGUUAUCAGAGAAUUCAAAAGUUCUAUCGUCACAGAUGUGUUAACUUCUUUGAGAGACAGCUACGUACCGAUAGACAUUGCCCUGCCGCAGUUCACAUUGAACUCAGAGGUAGAUGUGAAGGUCAUCCUAGAAGAUCUAGGAAUCACAAGUCUAUGGACAGAUCCAGAUGCCACCAGGUACAUUUCGACCCCACCGGCCUUGCCCAGCAGUUACGUGCAGCGAGCUACACUAACUCUUAACAAACAUGGAGUGAAUCCCCCUCUAGUCCCCGGACUUCGGUCUUCCGGGUACCCCAAGACUCCUGAAGAAUCCUUCUGGAAUGAGUUCAUAGCUGACCGACCCUUCAUGUUUGGCCUAUUUGAUACAGAGACUUAUACCUGCCUUAUGUCUAAUAUGUAUUCACAACCAACUUACCCUGAUUUUAUAUAA